GGGGCGGGGAAGGCGGGAGUUCGCGGCGGAGGAGGAGCCGCCGGCGGGAGGCGCUGCGAGGCGCUGCUGGCCCUCGGGGCUGCGGGAGCCGGGCUAGGACGCCGAGCGGUGACUCCCCGCCGCUCCCGGGGGCCGUGACGGAGAUGCCUACAUAGAAGAGUGACAGCAGCUGGACUAAAUGUUUCACUGCUGAACUAGUUCCUCAGGUAUCCUGGCUCUAGAGAUUGCUAUGGGAGAUUGGAUGACUGUUACAGAUCCAGGUCUGUCUUCAGAAAGCAAAACUAUCUCUCAACAUACCUCAGAAACAAAGAUGUCUCCAUCAAGUUUAUACUCACAGCAAGUGCUAUGUUCUUCAAUACCUUUAUCAAAAAAUGUGCACAGUUUUUUCAGUGCCUUCUGCACAGAAGAUAAUAUUGAACAGAGUAUUUCAUAUCUUGAUCAGGAAUUGACUACUUUUGGUUUUCCUUCAUUAUAUGAAGAAUCCAAAGGUAAAGAGACAAAGAGAGAAUUAAAUAUAGUAGCUGUUUUAAAUUGUAUGAAUGAGCUGCUUGUGCUUCAGCGGAAGAACCUUCUAGCUCAGGAAAAUGUGGAGACGCAGAAUUUGAAGCUGGGAAGUGAUAUGGACCAUCUACAGAGCUGCUACUCAAAACUUAAGGAACAACUGGAAACCUCCAGGAGGGAAAUGAUUGGGCUUCAGGAGAGAGACAGACAGUUACAGUGUAAGAACAGGAAUUUGCAUCAGCUACUAAAGAAUGAGAAAGAUGAGGUACAAAAAUUACAGAAUGUCAUUGCAAGUCGAGCUACUCAGUAUAAUCAUGAUAUGAAGAGAAAGGAGCGUGAAUAUAAUAAACUGAAGGAACGUCUACAUCAACUUGUUAUGAACAAGAAAGAUAAAAAAAUAGCUAUGGACAUUUUGAAUUAUGUUGGUAGAGCUGAUGGAAAAAGAGGCUCCUGGAGGACUGGUAAAACUGAAGCCAGGAAUGAAGAUGAAAUGUAUAAAAUUCUCUUGAAUGAUUAUGAAUAUCGUCAGAAACAAAUCCUAAUGGAAAAUGCUGAACUUAAGAAGGUUCUUCAGCAGAUGAAAAAGGAAAUGAUUUCUCUUCUUUCUCCCCAAAAGAAGAAACCCAGGGAAAGAGUAGAUGAUAGUACAGGAACUGUUAUCUCUGAUGUUGAAGAAGAUGCCGGGGAACUGAGCAGAGAGAGUAUGUGGGACCUUUCCUGUGAAACUGUGAGAGAACAGCUUACCAACAGCAUCAGAAAACAGUGGAGAAUUCUGAAAAGUCAUGUAGAAAAACUUGAUAACCAAGUUUCAAAGGUACACCUGGAAGGUUUUAAUGAUGAAGAUGUAAUCUCACGACAAGACCAUGAACAAGAAACUGAAAAACUCGAGUUAGAAAUUCAGCAGUGUAAAGAAAUGAUUAAAACUCAGCAACAGCUUUUACAGCAGCAGCUGGCUACUGCAUGUGAUGAUGAUACCACUUCACUAUUACGAGACUGUUAUUUGUUGGAAGAAAAGGAACGCCUCAAAGAAGAAUGGUCCCUUUUUAAAGAGCAGAAAAAGAAUUUUGAGAGAGAAAGACGAAGCUUUACAGAAGCCGCUAUUCGCCUGGGAUUGGAGAGAAAGGCAUUUGAAGAAGAAAGAGCCAGUUGGUUAAAGCAGCAGUUUUUAAAUAUGACUACCUUUGACCACCAGAACUCAGAAAAUGUGAAACUUUUCAGUGCCUUCUCAGGAAGUUCUGAUCGGGACAGUCUUACAGUGCACUCGAGGCAACCGCCAAAGAAGCCUCACAGUACGUCUAAUGGGUCUCCAGUUUGCAUGUCUAAACUUACUAAAUCUCUUCCUGCUUCACCUUCCACUUCAGAUUUUUGCCAGACACGUUCCUGCAUAUCUGAACAUAGUUCAAUCAAUGUACUGAAUAUAACUCCUGAAGAUACUAAACCAAAUCAAGUUGGAGGAGAAUAUACAAAUCAGAAAUGGAGUGUGGCAUCAAGACCUGGAUCACAGGAAGGUUGCUAUAGUAGAUGCUCCUUGACCUACACAAAUUCUCAUGUAGAAAAAGAUGACUUACCUUAGACAUGUGGACUGGGAUUUUUUUCAUUAACAUAUUCAUCAAAUUUCACAUCUAAGUUGAAACAGGGUGUGUCAUAAAGUCAGUUAUCUCUAGUAACUUAAGAUGGUCUAAGUCGUUUGUUUGGACUUCCCUGUCUUCCCCCAAAGAGUUGAAAUGUUAAAUCUAUUUAAAAGGAUAUAAAAGCUUUGGAUAUGUAUUUUUAGUAACAGAAGCAUCAGGUUCUGUGAAUAAAGGAAUGUAUAGAUGUUUGGAUGGAAACAAAAGCACUAGAAUGAGUUUCCUCUUAUAGGUAUUAAAAAUAGCACUUUUAGGAGACUGAUUAUUGUAAAUGUUUAAUUUUGUCUCAAAUAUAAUUGGCAUUGGAAGUUUAGCCUUUACUUGAAUGUAUACUGUAGAUUUUUAACAAAGCGAGUUCUAUAUUUAUUAUGUUUAGUGUAAUUUGAAAUUACCUCUUUCAUAUGUUUUAAAUAAAGUGAAAUUUAUGUAUGUUUUGUACAUAGAUAUACAUGAUUAUGUUAAGAGACUUUAAGAUUUUAAAGUUUCACACAACCAUAAGUAUAGUAUUUCAUGCCAGUAAAAAAUUUUUUAGUGGUAUUCUGUUUACAGAUGUAUUAGGACCAUUGAUAUCAUUACAUUUAAGAAUUCUUUUUAAUACAUCUGGGCAAUAAAUGUUUAAAGCUAUUCCAUGAAGUCUUUAGAUAAUCAACACUACUAACAUUACAUUUUUGAGAUUUUUAUGACAUUAGAUUUUUAUUUUAUAUAUGUAGGAUAUUAUAAUUUUUAAAAGGUCUAUUGAUAGAGGAAUAGGGGUAAGACAACAAAAGUACCGUUGAAUAGAACAAUUUAAGAAAUUGGUUUAAGAUAUUGGAUGAUAGAAGAUAUUUAAGAUAUCUAGAUGGUGAUAUUUUCCUUACGAGAUGGGUGCCAGUAUAGUAAUAUCUGUACUAACUAGGGCUUUGUAUUUGUUGUCAAUUUUUUAAAUAAUUUUUUAAUGAGGUAUUUACCACUAAAGAAAUAUGAUUAUGUAAAACCAUCCAAUUUUAUAAUUGAGAUAUUAUGAUAUACUGGAAAAACAUGUCAUUUCAUUUUCAGAAAACUCCUAGGCUCUCUUCAGUCUCUGUAAUGUUUCUGAUUGCAUGUUUCUUCAUGAAAAGUAUAUUGUUGUUUUGAUAGUAUAAUAUAAAUAUAGGCUCAGCUCUUUCCCAGGAUUUUCAUCAAAAAGCUUUAAGUGCCUAACCCUGCUUGUCUCUGUACAUAGAAGCCUGCACAGAUCCAGCCAGUCCUUGCUAGAUAUUGUAGUUUAGGCACAUUUACCUUCCCCUUUACUAGUAGUUCAGCCACUUACAUGCAGUCACCCUGUUUGUGGCUAUUUUAAAUUCUUAUUAUUUCCAAAAAAAAAAACAACUAUUUGUGUUAUCCAUUCACUAUAUGUAACUAUGUAACUCUUUGGAGUUGCCUAGCAGCAGCCAUUUUUUCAAGGCUGAUAGGAUAUCAUUAAGAGGAUCUUAUGAGACAUUAGUGGAUAUACUCAUAAUACAGUAACCAUAUUUAUAGUCUCAAAGAGCUGGCUCUUGAGCAUUAGUUACUCACUACCUUUAGCUUGAUGCAUGGUCACUUCUUUGCUAUUUAAAAUACUGUACAUGGUACAAAAUAUCAGAGACACUACCAUAUUCGAAAGGAAGAAAUAUAGCUGGGAUGUGUUUAUUUUUUUGCUAUUUGGCAGUAACAUGGUCAAAGAAAGGCAGGCAGAAAUUUUAAAUACAGUUAAUGAAUACAUUUGUCAAGAAUUUCCCCCAGGGUUUUCCAUGGUGUACUUUGUAAGAAAUAAGCAUUCUGAUUUUUAAAGUAAAUCUCAUUUCACGACAAUGGAGGUCAUCUGUUUUUUGUUUUGUGUUUCCAUUUUAAAGUGGGUUGAAUUCUCAAACUGGAAAGAAAAGUUCCUUGAGACUUACUUUAAAAUAUAAAAUGUGAAAGAAACAGCAGAGUGAAAGCCAAACUCAUUACACCUUCAAUGUCUGCAUAGAUCCAGAAGUUGUACAUUUUACUUAACAUCACUUCUGUUGAACAUUCCAACUCCAAAAUGGUCCCCGGUCACCUUAAUCUCAGAAUGUUGGAAUGAUGUCUGUAUUUGAAAACUCCAGACUCCACACAUAAAACUCCUAGGAUUUUGCUUCCUAUCUCUUUCUAGGUGUUUGUUGGCAAUGUAUAAAUAAUAUAGCUGUGCUAACCUCACAUUUAGUCAUGAUAGAUGAUGGUACUAGAGUGCACUUCAUUUGUAAGUUCUGAUAAGUGUUUUCUUUAUCAGUAUGUACAUCUGAAAUUUUUUGUACUUCAUUUGUUUUUACAUGGCAUAUAUCCAUUCUGAAUUUUCAAAGCAUAAAAAUGUCAAAGAAAAAUUGAGAUAAACAUUUUGUUUACUAUUAAAUGUUUGCAUCUGCAGUCUAUAAUGAGAAAAAAAUUAUGACUGAAAUUUAACUUAAAUAGCAUUUUCUUAUAGAAGCAAUGUAUUAAAUGAUUAGAUAUGCAGGACAGUUCACAGCAAAUUGUUUACCUUGUGGCAUAAUUGAAAUACUGUUAUUUGGAAGAGUUUUAUAUUUCUUACCUUAGCUAACCAGAAUUGUUCAUAGGCUUGUGAUAAUAUAGUGUUGUGUGAAAACAUUUCAUGUGCAUGAUGAAUUGAGCACUAUGAAUCUCAUCUUGCCUGCCCCUGGUGGAACAUUUGAAAACCCCUAGGACCCCAGGAGAGAGAUAUUUGCAGCAUGUAUGCCUGGAACACACUGUGAGUUAGCAAGACCCUGCUGUGAUAAUGCUGUUGUACAAAUCUGCAAGCAUAUUGCCUAAUAUAAGUCGUGUUCUUAUUUCUAGAUUGGAUUUAAGUAAGUAUGGAUUGUGGAAGUCUAGUAAAUAUACUUUUCCCUGUGUCUGUCCUUUUUCAGUCUUUUGACAGGCAUUUAUGAAGUACCUUCUGUAUGUAAAGGCUUACUACUACUUUCCCAUCCUUGAAGAUAUGAAGACAGAUAAGCAUGCUGCCUGCUAUUGAGAAUCUGAACUGAGUGGAAGACCCAGCUACAUUGUAAUAAACAAUGGUGGAUGCUAUGUCACCACCUCUGACACAUUCAGUCUGUUCAUAAAACAUGGACUGGUGGGUCUGCUCCAGGGCCACCUCCCUUUCGUAACAGUAAUGUGGCUAGGAUUCCAUUUAUAAAUCUUAGCAUUAUUUCCUCUAUGAAGUGCUAUGUAAUAGAUGAUUGUUUUGCUAGAUUUUGUUUUCUACAAUCAAAAUGUUGACUUGCAAAGGAUUGUAGGAUUUUCUCUCCGUGAGAACAUAUAUUAUCACGUAGUAGAAAAAGCAUUCUCAAAAAUUUGAGAUAAGGCCAUGCAGAUAGGGAUAAUGAAAUCGGUCACUCUAGUCCUUUUUCUAAAUAUAGUGUUUUUCAAGCUGGAUGUAAAUUAGAGUGGGUGGAUAUUGAUUAAAUUAAUUUAUAU